GGACCGAGGCUAGCGCUCCUGUCUGCAGGUUGGUUACCCAUUUCUGAUCUCACGAGUAUGGCGACUUAAGAGCGCCUUUUUUUAAAACGUACUCUAGCUUGUUUUACCGUCAACUGUGCGUCUUUUGUUUUUGUCUUUGUUUUUUUUGCACCGCAGUUCCGAGUAUCGUUGCCAUCUCAACAACUUUAGUUUUGAUCGUGAGCGAUUCUCCAACCUUCCUCAGCAAGGUAGCAGCUAAUGCUAGCCUCUAUAACUGUCCAUUCUUGAUCCAAACCAAACGCAUUUUUUUUUUCAUACGUCCUCCUACGUGCAAGAGCUCACAGCAGCUGUAGUAUCUCGGUGGGUGAACGGGGACACAAGUUAGACCGCUUUUGUUUUGAGAGGGGGAAACAUGUCAGGAGCUAACAGAGGACAGGGAAGCGCGGCUAGCGACUAUCACAACCAGGAGAAUGUGCUGUCAAGACUGAGAGGCUCGCUGAAACCCCGAGCUGCUGCAAGCGAGAACCAUGAAAACCAUCCACCCAAAGCAGCAGCGGCCAACAGAACCGUCCUGGGAGCUCUGCAGAACAACCAGCGGAGCAAAACCCAGAACCAGCGCGCCACUAAACAGCAGGAGUCAUCGCAGUUUUUGUCCUGUAAAAAUGAAGACUUCAGCAAAAGCUGCUAUGAGAAGCCCUCCACCAAACAGCCCGCUUUCCAGAUCCAUAUGGACGAGCCUGAUGGAGCCUGCAUCAAGAAGCCACAGCAGGUGGUCGAACCUGUCAAAGCAAAGUCCGUCACCGUAGUGGAUCCCCUCACACGGCUCCGACAGCCCCUGGCCCCCAUCGAUAUUCCAUCAGCAAUGGAUGUCAGCUUUGACUCUCCCAUGGACAUGUCGAUGGUUGAGGGAGGGGAGAGGCCAGUUGCUGUAAAUGAGGUUCCUGAAUAUGCUGCUGAGAUCCACACAUACCUGAGGGAGAUGGAGGUAAAAACCAGACCUAAAGCAGGCUACAUGAAAAAGCAACCUGACAUCACAAACAGCAUGAGGGCCAUUCUGGUGGACUGGCUGGUCGAGGUGGGAGAAGAAUACAAGCUCCAGAACGAGACGCUUUAUCUGGCUGUAAACUACAUCGAUCGCUUCCUCUCCUCAAUGUCUGUCCUGAGGGGGAAGCUUCAACUGGUUGGGACAGCUGCCAUGCUGUUGGCUUCGAAAUUUGAAGAGAUCUACCCCCCUGAGGUGGCAGAGUUUGUUUACAUCACAGAUGACACCUACACCAAGAAACAAGUGUUAAGAAUGGAGCAUCUGGUGCUCAAAGUGCUCUCCUUUGAUCUGGCAGCACCAACAAUCAACCAGUUUCUCACCCACUACUUCCUCCACCACUCUGUUAACAAACAGGUGGAAAGUCUGGCAAUGUACUUUGGGGAGCUCAGCCUGGUUGAUUCAGAUCCCUUCUUGAAGUACUUGCCAUCACAUACAGCUGCUGCAGCCUAUACCCUUGCCCACAGCAUUGUGACUGGUGGCUCAUGGCCAGAUUCCUUGAAAGAGAUGACUGGCUACUCCCUGGAAGAUCUGAUGCCAUGUGUCGAGGAUCUGCACAGACUCCACCUCAAUGCACCUCAGCAUGCCCAGCAGUCUGUCCGGGAGAAAUACAAGGGGCUAAAGUACCAUGAAGUUUCCCUCAUCGACACUCCAACUCAACUGCUGCUGAACUGACCCUCCCCUGUUCCCCUGUCCAAUUAGUUGUACCAGUCUUUUUUUUUUUUAUAAUGUGCGCCACAAUUUCAAAUAACAUUGCCUGCUCUUCUCAGAGUAGCGCUAGAUGUUUAGAAUCUUUUUAUGGUAUUUUUAUAUUUCCUACCAGAUGCUACAUUUGUGGUUAAUCAAGCAGUUUUAAUAGUUGGACUUUUAAUCAGACAAAAUGUUGGUCUUAUUGCCACUUUGUAAACAUUCUGCUUUGAUCUAGUGUCCCAAACUCAAUAUACCUGUUACUGUACUCAAACCCAGAGAACCAUAUUCUUUUUUUCCACUUUGGUUUGAGUUUAUGUUCUAAGCAGUUAUUGGUGCUAGUUCACCUCAAGGUGUAACUUGGAUUUGGCUUCAUGGGAUGUGGAUUAAAGUGCUUUGUCUGUCAUGGAGUCAGCUGUCAUUAUAUUGUCUUAAACCAACAGGUUUUCAGGACACCACCUGCACUGUAAAUGGCUCUUGUAAAUAAAAUUUCAUUUAAAGUAA